AUGUCUUUAGCCAAAUUCUUAUAAUACAUCCAAAUAAGCUUUUUGAAUGAAUUUUGGAAUAGUCUGAGACCAGAAUCAUAAGUAAACCUUCCCCUUAUAUUGUCUUAGUUAUUUUAUGAUAGAGGAAAUGAAAUUUUCAUCUUCAGAGAAUUAAAUCAAAUAUUUAUUAUUUCCAAAAAUCAACUUCAAACAGUUAAUCGAAUAAAGAUCCCAUAUAUUGGAAUGAUCUACAGUAUGAAUGCCUAAUAAGAUUUAUCAUAUGUUGCAUAUUAAACAUCUGAAAAUUAAUUGGUAAUUUGUUCUCAAGAAUUGCUUAGUCCUUGUUUUCAACAAAAGCAAAUAGGCAAUUCUUUUACACAGUUCAAACAGAAAAGAAUUCAUAAAUCAUAUAAUUUGAAUGGGCCAAAGGUUGUUUGGGAAUGUAUGACAUAUUAGUGGUAGAAAAUCAUGGAAUACAUUUACUUAAAAUAGAUGAUUAAGUAAAAAAAGUCAAGUUUUUUUAACAAAAAAUUAGUUGGUGUUGGUAUGAACCAAAAAAUGAAGUAUUGGCAACUUGUAGUACACAUCAUAAUGGAUUAAUAUCUACUUAUUUUUUUAAGGAAAAGAGAAAGGAUUUCAAAUUUAAAGGAUAGGAUUUUUAUCUAGAAGAUUUUGAACCAAAAGAAGGAACAUCAACAUUUGCUUCAUUAUUCAAAUCAAAAAAAUCAGAUAUAUAAUAAUUUGUAGCUCCUACAGAUAAGAAAAAUAAAGAUUUAUGUUAAGAUGAUUAAUAAUGUGAGUCAAUUUAUAGAGUUUAUUUAAUUUACAUAUAUGGAAAAUCCCUCUUAGCUUAUUCUAAUUCAUUUACUGGUAAAUUGAUAUUCUAUUAAAUACAAUAUGAGAAAAUUACUAAAAAAAAAUAUCUACUUGAAUUUCCUUCUGAUAUUGCAGUAAUUAAUUUUUAUUAGAUCUUAGAUUAAUCUUUCGGUUAUUGAUAAUCUUAUAGUCUUAUCUACCUUUAAUGAAAAAGUUUCAAUUGUAUUUGAUGUAUAAAAUAAAAAAAAGCCUGAAUAACCACUUGAGUCACCCUAAUGUAUUUUAUAAUAAUAAGAAAUAAUAUAUAACAAAAUAGAAAAGAAGUAGGGAAUAUAAUAAUAUUAAGUCAUUAAAGAGAGUUAAACAAUAGAUUCAGCUAAGAAAAAUUCGAAUAAAAAUUUAGAUGAUAUUCAAAAUAAUGAUUAAGUAUAAGAAUAAUAAUAAAUAUCUAUGGUUAAAGAGAAAUAAUAAGAAAUUGAUGAAAAAUGUGAUAUAAUGAAAGAAGAAGUAGAUAUAUCUUAAUAAAAAUAAAAUUUAGAUGAAUCUGAUAAAUAAGAUAAAUAAAAAUAUAUUCAGAAUUAAAAUAUUUAAUAAAAUGAAGAAAUUCAAUAGUUUAGUAAUUCUUAUUUUGUUUAUGAUGUUUAAACUUUAUUUGAAGAAAUUAAAUAGAAUGAUGAAUAUUUUCUUAAAUUCGUAGCAAAAUUGAAAUUGUAACAUCUUUAAAAAAAUGAUGUUUAAGUUUAGGAUGAAUAAAGCAGAAUUUGUAAAAUUUAUUAUUAAUUUUUAGAUGAAUAAAGUUGUAAUUAUUAGGGAGAUGAUUUAAUAAUUAAUUAUAAAGAAAAAUAAAUUUAUUAAUUUACUUUGAAUUUAAAACAUUUACCUAAAAUUUUUGAAGAUGAAUGUGAUGCAUUUUGUGUAUUAUUAAGAAGAAAUAAUUGUAAAAAUGCUCUUUUUUAAUUCUUAAUUUAAUUGGCAUUAAAUAAUAAAUCAAUUUAGAUAUUUUCAUAAAUAUUCAAACAUAUUUUAGAAAUAUUUUUAAGAUCCUUAUAAGAAAAAGUAGGUAAUACUUAAGUAGAAAAACUAUUAAAUGAAUAUACAGUUUUAUAUCCAUAAGAUUUACGAUAAAAUUUUUUUUUAUGUUUAUCUGAAGAUGAAAAUAUGAAGAAAUAAUUUUUAAUUGAAAUUCUUAUUGAAUUUAUUAGAUAAUUUUAAGAGAAAUUAAAAGAUUAUAAGAUUGCAAUUCAUGAAGUACAAAAUCUGUUAGUGAAAUUAUUAAUUAAAACAAAUAGAUAUACUCAAUUACAUUUUUUAAUUUAAUAUUAAGUUCUAACUGAUAAUGCAGAUUUUGCAAAAUUAUUGAUUGAUAUUAGUAACAAAGAAUCUCUUGAAUAAAGAAAUCUAUAACCUUAUUAGCCAGCUUUCUAAUUGGGAAUAGAUAUGUUCUUUAGAUUAUAAAAGUAUGAAGAACUAUUAGAUUAUUUAUUAAAAUUUGGAAAAGUAUAUGCAUAAAGUUAUUUAAGUUUCACGAUGCAGUCUUUUUGCUUAAAAAGAUACCAAAUAUAAGAAUGAAAUUGCAACCAAUUUAAUAAGGCAUUAGAAUUGCUGAUUGUUAAAAAGAAGAUUUGUUAGUUUUCUUAGAAGAUGCAUAUAGAAAAUAAAAAACUUAUUUUAGUGUUGCAGAAGUGAAAACUUUAUGA